AUGGUAUUACUUAUACACUAAAAUCCAUGAUAUCUUGUGCCCAGGCAUCGAGUCUUUGUUUUUGAGGUCUUCUAUUCCCAAAAUUAUUCAAGAUCCCUGUAGAUGAAAGUAUGGAGAAUACCACAGGAGGAGCAGUACUUCUAGGCUGUAUUGAUCAUUUUUCGCCUUCUGACGAUGAGAUUUUGGAAGGUGGCGAACGUUGUGCCACUCGAAAAUUAUCUCCCAUGGAACAACACGCCAUUGACGAGGUGUUAUAUAACUGCACACAAAUUCAAACUUUCCAGUCUCUCCCAACCAAUCAGUGCAGUUUGCCAGACGAUAUGGAAGAUCUCCCCCCUCCUCCACCAGAACUUUGUAUUGAUGAGAAUCAUGAGGAAGUUACCUCACUUCCGCCUCCACCACUAUCUAAUGGUUAUGAAGAAGAUUUAUCUUUACCACCCCUGCCAUUAGAAGAUAUGGACUGUAUAAUACCUCCUCCUCCUGAAUUUGAAGACUCAGACUUUCAAAAUCAGAAUGAAACCGUUUCAAAUACUAGCUUUAAAGAAGUUAUUCUUACGGUUACCGACGAAAAUGAAAAUACCCUAGUUUUGAAUAGUUCUGUUAAUGAGCUAGAAGAAGAAGGAAAAAAUGCAAUUGAUUUAUCUGGAAGUCCCACAUCACCAGAGCUACCUCCUCAAGAUUAUAUGCUUGAUGAAUACGAGGAACGAUCUAUGAUAGAACCAUCUUCAUAUGACAACCCAAAAUUGAAAGAGUUGAUAAAAGUUCUGAUUGAGUGGAUUAAUGAUGAACUCGCAAAUCAGAGAAUUAUUGUUAAAGACAUAGAAGAAGACUUAUAUGAUGGUCAAAUUCUUCAGAAGCUUCUUGAAAAGCUGGCUGGAGAAAAAUUGGAUGUUGUUGAAGUUACUCAGUCAGAGGAAGGACAGAAAGAGAAGUUAAGAACUGUACUUGAUGCCACCAACAGACUUCUCGCACCAAAUAGGUGGAGUCAAGUGAAAUGGAAUGUUGAAAGUAUCCAUUCAAAGAAUGUAAUCUCAAUUCUCCAUCUGCUUGUGGCUCUAGCUAGACAUUUCAGGGCUCCUGUUAGGCUUCCAGAAAAUGUAGUUGUGAGAGUAGUAGUUGUUCAGAGUAACAGUGGGAAUAAAUACAUCAUGGUUCUGAUGGACUGUUUCACCAAAUGGCCAGAAGCAUAUUAUAUUCCUAACCAGGAAGCAGAAAUUCUAGCAAGGAAAGUCAUCAAUGAAUUUAUUUCAGGAUUUGGUGUGUCUAAUUUCUCAGAUCAGAAAUGGAACUUUGAAUCAGUCUUGUUUGUGGGAAAAUUUCAGAUUCUUGGAAUCAAAAAGACCAAGACAACAACCUUUCAUCCAUCUUUUGAUGCCAUGGUGGAGAGAUACAACCAUAAGCUUUUAAAUCAGUUACCCACUUAUUCAUUGGUCACAUUUGUCAACAAAUACUUGAACAGAAUUAACCUGGAUGUUACAGAUUUAGAUAAUCAGUUCCAUGAUGGGGUGUACUUGACUCUUUUGAUGGGGCUCUUGGAGGAUUAUUUUGUUCCAUUAUACUCUUUUAAUCUAACACCAACAGAUUUUGACCAGAAAGUACAUAACGUUGCUUUUGCUUUUGAGCUGAUGAUGGAUGCCGGUUUAGCCAAACCAAAAGCCCGGCCUGAAGAUAUUGUGAAUUUGGACUUAAAAUCAACUUUGCGAGUUCUCUACAACCUAUUUACAAAAUACAAAAACUCCAUUUGA